CAAUGGAUGACACUGAUUCAAACUCAGCCGCGAAGAAACGUUGUUGUGAAACAGUCGCCUUCAAUUCGAUUUUCUUAGCCUGUUAUUUUUGUCAUUUCGUGCUCAAAAGAACUACUCAACGAUCUGGCGUUACUGGUCGAUUGAAGGAGAAAUGUCGACUAAGAAGUUAGCAAAAGCAUUAGGGUUGUUGAGGAAACGCAGCCAGUUAUCGAACAGACGAGAGAAGGUGCAACUAUCAAAUCAAAUUUACUCCUACCUGAUCGUCAUUGAUUUUGAGUCCACAUGCUGGCGAGAGAAAAAACACUAUGGACAGGAGAUCAUUGAGUUCCCCGCCGUGCUGUUGAACACCUCCACAGGUGAGGUGGAGGCAGAGUUCCACUCUUACGUCCAGCCACAGGAACACCCUGUACUGUCUGACUUCUGCACCGAGCUCACAGGCAUCACACAGGCCCAGGUGGAGUCAGGCGUGCCCCUGCAGAUAUGCCUGUCUCGUUUCAGCCGCUGGCUGCAGACACAGCAGCUGCAGAGGGGCUUGGCCUUCUCCAGGCACCCCAGCGGAAGCCCCGCCCCCUCACACAAACUCUGCGCCUUCGUCACAUGGUCAGACUGGGACCUGGGGGUGUGUUUGCAGUAUGAGUGUUCAAGGAAGCAGCUUCACAAGCCAGACGUCCUGAACAGCUGGACAGACCUAAGGAGCACCUACAAGCUCUUCUACAGCAGGAAGCCUAAAGGUCUGAAUGGAGCGCUGCAAGACCUGGGCAUCCAGUUCUCAGGACGACAACACUCAGGUCUGGAUGAUGCUCGGAACACAGCCGGGCUGGCCUGGAGGAUGAUGAAGGAUGGCUGUGUGAUGAAGAUCACCCGAAGCCCUGAGAGGGCACCACUAAAGACCAAACCCUUAUUUACAAACACAUCAGUCAACACGACCAUCCAGAACAACAAGGAUACAGACAGAGCUUCCUCAUCACCCUGCCUAGAACCACAACCCUGCCGUCUCCAACCCUCUGAGAACCGCUCCGCUCCCUGCCCAGAGUGGAACCCCCAGCGGAACACUAGAACCUCUGAACCGCUUCAGAACCUGCUGUCGCCCCUGACGACGGUACUGACCCGUCUGAAUAGCCCGCUGUGUGGAGGAAGGAUAGGAACUGUCAACAACAGCUUCAGCAGUCUGGUUCUGGUGUCCACUACCAUGGACCACAUUUCCCAUCAGCCCCAGCUGGAGCUGACCCCUGACCCGGAAGCAGUGGUGGGCUGGGAGGAGGAAGUGCCGGUACUUCUGGAAUCGGAAUGGUGUGGUUCCUAUGACGAUGUGGUGUUGGAGGAAGGGGGGGAGGAAAGCAACACAGCUACACACUCACACACACCUAGAAACACACACACAGCCAUAUGCACAACCAGACACCUAUCUAGCAACACACACACACUUAACAACACAAACAAACCAGACCAGCCUUCCUUCAAUGUCUACAGGGACCCACCCCAUCUCUCUUCCUCCUCUUCUCGUCCCUCCUCCAUCCCCUCCUCCUCCAGGCUCUCCUCCUCCACCUCGGGCGUGGCUAGGAUCACGUCUCCGUUAUGUGCGUGCGGGCGGAGAGCGAAGCGCCAGACGGUUGCCAACGGUGGCCCCAAUCACGGGCAAGCGUUCUACUGCUGCCCCGCCCCCAGGACCAUUGGCACGGCAACCGUUGGCACCAGGAAGAGGGCAGGAUGCGGGUUCUUCAGCGGGGCAGAAUCAGACACAUUUGGCGCAGAGUAG